AACGCUCGCGAUUUCAAUGGUUUAAUCAGACUUCGACAACGGGAUUAGGGAUUUCGAAUUGUUUUUCCGGUAAUUUCUGCGUCGGCAUAAUAUUUUCCGGCUGUCCCGUCCGGUGACGUGCUGCAGACAUGGGGUUUUCGUUGUGGACCCUGCUCGAGGCCUCGCUGUUGUGCCUGAACGCCAUAUGCAUCCUGAACGAAGAAAGAGUUCUGGCCAAGUACGGCUGGUCCACGGUGAACCGAGAGUUUGAGGACAUGCCAACCACGAAAACACAAAUACUGUCACUCAUGAAGUCUAUCCGUACAGUCGUUAAAUAUCCUCUCAUAAUUUUCAAUCUGCUGAUCAUACUUGUCAAGAGUCUUACAGGAUAAUAAAAAUUCAAUUCGUUUACAAUGAAAUUAUGUUGUUUAUAUUUCGUGUAACUUGUUAUUUGUAAGGUUAAUAUUCUAAAUAAUACACUUAUUUAUUAUUUUAUAUUUGUACCUAUGUAAAUGUUGUACAAUGUGUGUAUCAAAGCAUAUACCAUCUUUUCAUAAAUAAAUUACUUUGUUAAAAAAAAAAAA